AAGAUCACGACCUCACCUCUCGGUAACGAACGAAGUUAACGCUCCGACUCGCAUUCCGAGCGAACCUCUCCUCCACGAAAUCUCUCCACUCUCGAAUCUCGAGUACCCGACAGUCAAUUGCCCAUCAUGGUCCACCGCAUCGCCUUCUGGAGCCUUUUCGGCCUCGGCGCUCGAUUCUGGCAAAUGGGUAUCGAGAUGCGCCCAUUCUUCAACAAGUCCUCCCUCUGGGUGUACCCCGUGUAUGCGGCCGGCGGCGCCAGCUUCGGAUACUGGCUGCAGGGCGUUGACGACAGCCAAACCUCUACUCUACAAGAACGAAAGGCUCUGCUCCUCGAGAAGCGAGCGCGCAAGGCGGAGCGGGACGCUAAGGCGGAGGCUUAGAGGGAAAAGAACAGGAAUGGAAAUUUAAGAUAUCGGGAAAUGAAGACCUCUUCGGCUUGAGAGAAGAAGAUUGAAGAGGCGAUAUUAUUGUACAUUGUGAUAUUGGGAGGUUGAGCGUCGAAAUGGGACGUUUGAUUCGAAUCUAAUACGCCAAAGCUCUGAACGCUGUGAUGAUAUGAUGUCCAGAACACCGAACGCCAAUUGCUUCACGGAACCCGAUAUUGAUCACCAGAUUGAACUCAUGGCAUGUUAUACCACACGCA